AUGUCGCCCGCGAAACAUACCGCCAAUGAGGAGGAUGCGUUCAUGCAGGAUCUGUUGUCCGGCUUGGAUAAUUCAUUCUGGAACGCGAGCCCUACACCAUCUCCGGCGAAGCCCAAGCAGAAAACAACGCCCAUUACACCCGAGAAGAAACAGCCGUCUACACCACCUAAAGUUCUCUCCACCAAGAACGUUAACUUAACCGAUCUUCUGGAAGGAGCAGAGGAUUGGGAUUUCAGUGACGACUUUCUCACACCCAAGAAAGAGACAAAAAAGAAAGAGAUUCUGCAUAAACCUCCCCCACAACUUGCUCAGAAAUCGUUUAAGAGUGCAGCGUGUACACGGUGUAUUGUACAAGCCAUUGAAGAGCAUCAAGUCGGCUCUAGACACGAAAAAAACCUCAUAGUGAGAAUCGACGGCAGCAAAGAGAAGCGUUCAAUUGUUUUACGCGACGAUUGGAUAGUCACAGAUGUUCGUAAAGGUGACAUCGUCAACAUUAUUGGCGAUUUCACUAUUCUGGGCGAAUCGUCCUCCUCGCUUACGUCCUCAGUUGCGAUUUCAUCUAAAAGCAAUCUGCUUAUACUUCACCCUGAUAUCCUCAUUACGGCUACCGCUCUCUCCAACACCCCUCAGUGUCGCAGGAAACCCUUAAUAUCCUCUCUUGUUCGUUCAUCAUCCGAUUACACCCCUUCUCUUGUCUGGGGCAAUAUGCUUCAUAGUGUGUUACAGGCUUGUCUUCUCGCAGAUCGCUGGGACGAGGUUUGGGUCGAUGAUAAGAUUGAUGAGAUUGUUCGAAGCGGACUAUCGGAUCUUGUUCGCAUCAACACCAAUGUCGACCAGGCGAAACGGGAAGUGAAGGCUCGCGCAAAAGGUCUUCAUGUAUUUUCCGAAAAAUACAUAGCACCAUCGCCCAAGCCUGGCGCAAACUUGACAAACAGUCGAGGGGGUCGCGAUGACGUAUCCUUGUUGGCGAUAUCAACAAUUCUUGACAUUGAAGAAGAUAUUUGGAGCCCUUCGUACGGCUUGAAGGGUAAACUCGAUGCGACCGUGCAGACGGUCAUCUCUGAGAUGAAACCACCGUUUUAUAAACCCGUAUUCACAAAUGGACCAAAACCGUUGGAGCUGAAGACCGGACGUGCCAUGGCAGGCAUGGAGCAUCGCGCUCAGACUAUGUUAUACAGCCUUCUUGCGGAAGAGCGAUAUGGUUUGGAGGUGUCUUCAGGUCUUCUGUACUAUACACAGAGUGAAGAGGUUGUUCAAGUCGACGUGAACAGAAAUGAACUGAGGGGGCUCAUCAUGGCGCGAAACGAAAUGGCCUCUUACAUGGUUCGUCGUCAUCAAGAUCCCCCCGAACGCUUCCUUCCACCGACACUGGAUGACGAAAGGUUAUGCAAGAGAUGCUAUGUGUUGGAUACGUGUAUGUUGUACCGCAAGGCUGUCGAAAACGUUGAGGAUACUAACUCUCCGAUUGCGGAUGCCUAUUCUCUCAAAACCUCACAUCUUUCUCCUUCCCAUGCUGCCUUCUUUAAACAAUGGGAACAUCUCGUAUCUCUCGAAGAAUCUGACAUGAGUCGAUUUAAAAAAGAGUUGUGGACUAUGGGUGCUUCUGAAAGAGAAAGCAAAGGUCGCUGUUUUGGCUCCAUGGUCAUUGACUCGACGUAUCACCCACUGUCUCAGUCACCUGCAUCCCGGGAUACCAAAAUCCAUCAAUAUACCUAUAAAUUCCUCCGUUCUACCGGCUACAAAACAUCCUCCUCCCUUCUAAGUGGAUUCCUCAAUGCAGGUGACGCGGUGACGAUUUCUGUAGAACCUCAUCUACUCGCGCUUGCAAGAGGAUUUAUCCUUGAGCUCACGCCAACAGAUGUCAUCGUCGGAGUGGAUCAUGAUUUGUCCCUGCUAUCUAUUCGCGAUCGUCUAUCAGCCUUUGGUCCCGUUUCGCCCGAAAUCAUUUUCCGUAUUGACCGGGAUGAGCUCUAUGGUGGUAUGGGCCGUAUUCGCGAGAACCUGGCCCAGCUCUUCUAUUUGGGGGGAGAUACUAGACGGUUAGAACUUGUCGUGGAUCUGAAGUAUCCUUCAUUCAGCACCGAGCCAUUACCUCUUCCUCCUUCUGUUGCUCGGUACUCUGCGCACCUCAACGCCAACCAGAUGCAAGCUAUGAAUAAGGUUCUUUCAGCCGAAGAUUACGCUUUGAUCCUUGGGAUGCCUGGGACCGGGAAGACGACCAUUGUUGCAGCUAUCAUAAAGACGGUCGUGGCAAUGGGUAAGACCGUCCUGCUAACCUCCUACACGCACUCUGCCGUGGACAAUAUUUUGCUGAAACUGAAGGACGUCGAGUUCGGUAUUUUGAGGUUGGGUAACACUGACAAGGUCCAUCCCGACAUCCGCCCCAUGACGCUGUCUUCGAAGCGAGCACCCACUACCGUCGAACAACUAGAGUUCCAGAUCAUGACACCUCCCGUUGUUGCGACUACUUGUUUGUCAAUCGAUAAGUACGUUCGGAACAAGGAGGCCCGUCAAGGAGGGCUGGAUGUAUCUCUUUUCCGGCGUCUCUCCGAUGCUCAUGCUCAUUCGGUCGUUGAUCUCGCAUAUCAGUAUCGCAUGAAUUCUGACAUAAUGAUGCUGUCUAAUAAACUCAUCUAUGGCGAUCGUCUACGUUGUGGAUCUCAAGCUGUAGCGAACCAUUCUCUAGUCCUUCCAAAUCGUGAUUUCCUCAAAGGGAUACAUGGAGGGAAGUUAUCGUGUCAUAGCAGCGACUGCUGGAUCGAGCAGCUCAUGUCAAAGAGCUGCAAAGCCGUCUUCGUUGAUACAGAUCUAGUACCCGCCCAAGAUUCAAAAGUGGGAGAUCUGGUCCAAAAUGAAGUCGAAGCUAGCCUUGUCUACCAGGUGACUGAAACCAUGUUGCGCAGUGGAGUCUCUCCGGACCAAAUUGGCAUCAUCUCGCUGUACCGGCAACAAGUGAAGCUCUUGACGCAAAUGCUUCAUGAACACAAAGGCAUCGAAGUUCUUACAGCUGAUCGAAGUCAAGGACGAGACAAAGAUUGUAUUAUUAUCUCGAUGGUGCGCUCUAACGAGGAUGGCUCAAUCGGUGACCUGGUCAAGGAUUGGAGACGAAUGAAUGUGUCGUUCACCCGGGCUCGAUCGAAGCUCAUCAUUUUUGGAUCGCGCAAUACUUUGCAGGAUGCGCCUCUCCUUAAAGAGUUCUUUACUCUGAUGGAAGAGCAGAAAUGGAUCGUGCAGCUACCGCCCAAAGCAGAUAUUAGUCACGCGAGAGCAUUUGAUGUUGCAACGUCUCCGAAGCGCGUUGUAGAAGACGUUAUAGGACAGAGGAAAGAGAACGCAGACUGUACCAGACCGCAAAAGAAAUUGAAGGUGAAGAAAGGUGUAACAGAGGCAGGUCUCUUACGCAGUCGACCCAUUUUGCGAGACCUAGUAAAUGACGGUCGAUAA